AGCUGAGGGACUCGGAGAGGACAGAAGUCAUGGAGUCCCGUCAGAGUUUAAAGCUGCUGUUUCUCUCUCUGGUGAUGAUGAUGAUGAUGGACCAGAUGAAGAUGAGCUCAGCUGCAUCACAACAGAACUUCUGCUCCAACUCGACGGUGUUGAGGACUCGGACGGCGUGUCACUCCUGCAGCAUCAGCAUGUUGAUGCCCUGUCCGUCAGGGUACAGGCAGACCCCCAGAUCCACCGCUCAGGACUGCAAGUACUACAUCAGGACCCCCAGCAUGAAGCUGCCCAUCAGCGGCUGCUCCUUCGAGUGCUACAGGGAGGGGGAGGUGAAGAGCUGCUGUCCGGGCUACUGGGGUCCGGACUGCAUCGAGUGUCCCGACCAGGCCGACAGACCCUGCAGCGACAGAGGAGUCUGCUCUGAUGGACUGGGAGGGAACGGGACCUGCAGCUGUCAGGUGGGCUUUGCAGGAACUGCAUGUGAGGAUUGUGCACCUGGUCGAUAUGGUCCCACCUGCAGCUCAGUGUGUUCCUGUGUCCAUGGUCUUUGUGACUCAGGGUUGAAAGGUGCUGGCAGCUGCAUCUGUUUUUCUGGAUAUAAAGGUCGUCAGUGUGAUCAAGAGUCACCUGAGUGUGCCGCUCUGAGCUGUCAGCAGAACUCUCGCUGUAUGGAAGAAGCUCUGACGGGACGGCUGCUGUGUCAGUGUCUGCCGGGUUACCAGAAGGCAGGAGCUCAGUGUGUGUCCAUAAACCCUUGUCUCCAGCGGGUUUGUCAUGCCCAGGCCUCCUGUGUCCACACCGGUCCAAACCAGCACCUCUGUGCCUGUAACCAGGGUUACAACGGGGACGGCCGAGUCUGCAUGGCCACUAAUCCGUGUCAGACCGACCAGGGAGGAUGCUCUGCUGAGUCUGCACGCUGCGUCUACGACGGGCCUGGGAAGUCUCACUGUGAGUGUCUUCCUGGUUUUGAACAUCUGUCCGACGGCGGGUGCAGCCUCAAGGAGUCCUGUAGACCUGAUUCCUGUCACAAAGACGCCAACUGUACCACUGUGGGACCAGGACGAGUCCAGUGCACCUGUCUCCAGGGUUACCUCGGUAACGGGAAAGUGUGCUACGGGAACAUCAUCCAGCGUCUGAACGCUCUGAACACAGAACCUGGAGGGCAGUGGAGCGGUCAGCUGAGAAACGCCGUCACUCUGUUCGGUUCUCUGUCGUGGCCUCUGCAGAAUUUGGGUCCGUUCACUGUUUUUGUCCCGACCAAUAAAGGCUUCAGGGGAACUUCAGUGAGGACCCUGACGGCCGAUCAGUCCAAAGCUAGAUACCUGUGCAAGAUGCACCUGGUCGCCGGGGUGAUGCCGUUUGACACUCUGAAGAAAACCGAUGUCUUUUACACUCUGACUGGAAAACCAGCUGAGACCGACACGUCAGGGGGGGACACUCAGACUAAAAUCCGUAUCCAUGGCAGCAGGAAGAAAGGUGUGAUCGUGCAGUCGGACAUUGUUGCUUCCAAUGGGAUGAUCCACGUCAUCGAUAAGCUGAUGGACAGCGUUUCCCCAACGGUGGAGAGCGACACACAGGAGAAUCUGAUGAAGAUCAUUUCUGACUACGGAAAAUUUGACAAGUUCAAACUUUUAUUAGAGAAAACUGACCUGGCGUCAGUCAUAGACCGUCCUGGUCCGAUCACCGUCUUCGCUCCCAGCAGUUCGGCCUUUGAUGCGAUGACUGAAGGACACCUGCAGUACCUCAGCAGUGCUGAAGGUCACCACAAACUGGUGGAGCUGCUCAGGAACCACAUUGUCCCGUCCACCGCGUUGGAGGUCUAUAACGCCGUGUCGAGUCCCAGAAUUGUGACGAUGGCCAAUCAGGUUCUGACGGUCAAUGUGACAGAAAAUGGUCAGAUUUUCGUUAAUGGAGCGGCGGUGCUGGAGGCAGCAGUGGAAGCUAAAAACGGACUUCUGUAUGUUCUGGAUGCAGUUUUGAUUCCGCCCUCCAUCGAACCUGUGCUGCCCCACAGGUGUGACAUCACCGAGACCAAAACAAUCAAGGGUGAAUGUGUCAGCUGCUCAAAGGUCAAACUGUCUCAGUGCUCUUCUGGAGUUUACACGGGCUCCUCCACCUUUGGAUGUAUCUACACUCUGUCCAUCAGCAGACCAGCUGUUAAAAUUCCAACUGCAGGCUGCUCUCCUCUCUGCAACGCAACUGUCAUGACUCCAGCAUGUUGUAAAGGUUUCUAUGGUCCAGACUGCAGACCCUGCCCAGGUGGAUACCAAACUCCCUGCUCCGGACACGGUCAGUGUUUGGAGGGGAUCGGAGGAAAUGGAUCGUGCAUCUGUGACCUGAAUUUCAGAGGCUCUCGCUGUCAGUACUGCUCCUCCAGCAACAAAUAUGGACCAAACUGUGACAGAACCUGUCCCUGUAUCCAUGGACAGUGUGAAAACCGUCCAGACUCAGACGGUCGGUGUAAACUGGACUCCUGCCUGAUGGGUUUCACCGGUCGGUUCUGCGAUCGCAGGACGGCGGCCUGCGGCGUUCAUGCUCAGUUCUGUCAUGCCCAUGCAGACUGUGACUUCAGCGAGGGAACCACCAGGUGUGUAUGUAAACCUGGUUACCAAGGUGACGGCAUCACCUGUGUGGAAUCGGAUCCGUGUGCUCCACCUCACCGAGGCGGCUGCAGCGUGAACGCCAAAUGUAUAAAGACCGGACCGGCUUCUCACUCCUGCCAGUGUCUGACCGGAUGGAGGAAGGACGGAGACGAGUGUCAGCCAAUCAACAACUGUGAUGGCUCUGACAGAGGAGGCUGCCACCCCAACGCCACCUGCAUCUACGUCGGCCCUGGACAGAGCGACUGCACCUGUAAAGCCGGCUUCAAAGGAAACGGCCGCGACUGUGAAGCUGUGAAUCAGUGUGUAACUGCCAACGGGGGCUGCCAUUACUUGGCCAGCUGUCGCCUGCUGUCCUCUCGGUGGACGUGUGUGUGUGAUGACGGAUAUGUUGGAAACGGACAAAUGUGUUACGGUACCGUGGAACAGGAGCUGAUGGCUCUGCCGGACGCCUCGGACUUCUUCACGUGGACAACCGAGUCCGGUCUGUCCCGGUCCCUGGCGGAGCAGAACGUCACCCUCCUGGCUCCGUCUUCAGCCGCUGUCGCUAAAAUGUCUCCGGACGACAAAAACUUCUGGAGCUCGACGGGAAACCUGCCGAGUCUCAUCAGGAAUCACAUGAUCCCAGGCAGAUAUCCGUUAUCCAGCCUGAGCAGCACUCCUUCUCUGACCUCCCUUCUCAAGAUAACACUUCCUGUUUCAACAGCCAAUGAGCUCACGGCCGUUGGAGGAGCGACCAUCACCACACCAAACAUAGCCGCUACCAACGGACUGAUCCACAUCAUUGAUAAGGUUUUGGUUCCGGACAGGAAGCUGAGCGAAGGUCUGCUGGCGACUCUGGCGCUGAGACCUGAAUUCUUGCUGUUCAGAUCUCAUCUCAUCGAUUACAACCUGACAGACGAGAUCGAACGGGCUGACGAGUUCACCGUCUUCGCUCCGACGGACGCCGCCAUCACCGAUUACCUCCAGAAAAUGGCUGCGACCGCUCUGGAUGUGAACACGACUCGUUACCACGUGGUGGCGUCGGAGCGUCUGCUGAAGACCGACCUUCAGCCUGGAGGAUACAAACAGACGCUGCUCGGAUUCUCCUUCCAGCUCGGCAUCUUCCCCCGAGACGGAAAGCUGUUUGUGAACGAUGCUCAGAUAAACUCCUCCAACAUCCUGAGUGGAAACGGAGUGAUUCACGGCCUGUCAGCUGUUCUCCACAUCAACAGGAAUCGCUGCGACGAGGCCAAACACCUGAGAGUCACGGGAACCUGUGUGGACUGUCUGUUCCCACAAAGCAAAGUCUGCCCCAACGACACCGUCCCAGACACGUCAGUGAAGAGGAAGAAAUGUAUGUUCACCCGGAUGUUUGAGGAAGAGCGUCUGCUGACCAUCGGCUGCAGAGCCACCUGCCUGCAUACAAACAUCGUGCCGAGGUGUUGCGGAGGCUUCUUCGGGGAGCACUGCGAGCCGUGUCCCGGGCCGCGGGGUCAGCCCUGCUUCGCUAACGGACUCUGCGUGGACGGGACGAAGGGGACCGGAGCGUGUCAGUGUUACAAAGGCUUCAGCGGGACGGCCUGCGAAACCUGCCAGAGCGGGAAGUACGGAGUCCACUGCGAUCAGGACUGUGGCUGUAAAAAUGGCCGCUGCAGCGACGGCGUUAAAGGCGACGGGACGUGCGAGUGUGACGUCGGCUGGAGAGGAGUCCUUUGUGACGAAAGAAUUGAAUCCAGAGCUGAUGAACGGUGCGGUUCGCUGAGAUGUCACACCAGUGCAAACUGUGUGAUCGGGCCGUCCGGCCCUCGCUGUCUCUGUGCUGCUGGGUUUGAAGGAAAUGGAACUUUCUGUCAAGCUAAAGACCCGUGUGUGGUGGGUAAUGGCGGCUGCAGUCUGUAUGCGGUCUGUAAGCGGACUCGACCGGGCAGCAGAGACUGUGUGUGUGGCAGCGGUUACUCUGGCGAUGGAGUCGUGUGUGUCGAAAUCAAUCCCUGUCUACAAGGAAACGGAGGUUGCCACGCCAACGCGGACUGUAUUCAUGUCGGGCCAAACAAAGUAAAACCUUUCAUACUCUCUGAUGGUCAGCUGUUCACUGCUGUCAUGUUACUUGUGGUUGAUGUACUUUUCUUGAACUCGCAGACUUCCUGUGCCUGCAGUGAAGGUUACUCUGGUGAUGGACAGAACUGCAAGAUGAUCAACUUGUGUCAAAAGAAAAACGGCGGCUGUCAUGAGAACGCCAGGUGCAACACGACGGGUCCAGGUGUUCGUACCUGCACGUGUAUCGGCAACUACAUCGGAGACGGUAUCACCUGCAGAGGCACCGUGGGGAAGGAAAUCCUGAAGAGGCGACUGAGAGACUUUUACCUCGGCCUGAUGAUGGUGGAAGUUUCUCUGAAAGGGCGCGGCCCGUUCACCGUCUUCGUUCCCAACACUGACGCCUUCGCCGCAGACAAAAACAGUGACGGCAAGAUGAAAUCGUUGGUGUCCGACAAAUACAAAGAACAACUUGCCGCCAUCCUGCGCAGCCACAUCGUCAUGUGUCACACUCUGCGGCCCGCUGACCUGAGCCGACCCCGAAACCUGACGUCGCUAUCUGGACUCGUCCUGACCACCGGGACCACACAGGGCAGCAUCUUCAUCAAUCAGGCUAACGUGACGUACAGCGACGACGUCAGCGUUAACGGGAUUUUCCAUGAGAUCAACAGGAUUCUGUUUCCUCCCGACAUGGACGUGAAAAAAGAGCCGGAUGCUCCCCUGAACCUGACUGAUGUGGCUGAACGUCGCGGUUAUAAAACCUUCUGCAAGCUGCUGCAGGACACAGGUGUGAUGGACCUGUUGAAUGAUGGGAUGUACCAGCCGGUCACAGUCUUUUUACCCUCAGAUGACGUCAUGGCGUCUCUGCCGCAGGAGCAGAAGGACUUCCUGUUCCACCAAGACAACCGACCACAGCUGGUGGAGUACCUGAAGUACCACAUCCUGCAGGCCCAGAAGAUUUACGCUGAAGGUUUGAUCCAUCUGGACUCAGCUCGGACUCUGCAGGGCUCACCACUCUCCUUCACCUGUGGAGGGACAGAUGACAUUGGAGAAAUCUUUGUUAAUGAUGGAAAGUGUCGGAUCAUUCAGCGACACCUCGUCUUUAACGGUGGGAUUGCAUACGGGAUCGACUGCCUGCUGACUCCGCCCAGCCUCGGAGGACGCUGUGAUAAACAGACGACCUUUGACCUUCAGAUGAGCUGCGGUCUGUGCACCUCUUCAGCCACUCGCUGUCCCCGAGGAUCCAAACUAAAGGAGGUUCAGAGGUGCGAUCUUCCCACUCUGUUCGUCACUAAAAACUCCGGCUGUCGCAGCACCUGCACCGUCAAUUUCUGGCAGCCGACAUGUUGCCAUGGUUACUAUGGACGAGACUGUCUGGUCUGUCCCGGCGGGGUGGGCUCUCCCUGCAGUAACCGUGGUAAAUGUGACGACGGUCACCUUGGUAACGGAACCUGUACCUGUGACGCAGGCUUCGGGGGCGUGGCCUGUGAGCUGUGCAGUGAUGGGUUCUAUGGAGCCACCUGUAAAGCCUGUAACUGUUCAGAGCACGGGUCAUGUGACGCUGGACGGAGAGGUACAGGUUCCUGUUUCUGUGAGGCCGGUUGGACCGGAGAACGCUGUGAGACCCAGCAAGCUGAAGUCUUCCAGUGUUCUCCAUCCUGUUCUCCAAAAGCCGUCUGUCAGGAAGAGAACACCUGUGUGUGCCGGCCGUUUUACGAAGGAGACGGAUUCACCUGUACAGUGGUGGACAUGUGUCAGAUCUGGAAUGGUGGUUGUGCUAAAGGAGCCAAGUGCACUCAGAAAGGAGACCAGGUGAGCUGCACCUGUCCUAAAGGCCACUCCGGGGACGGCUUCACCUGUCAGCCCAUCGACCCUUGUGUCUCCGGAGACAACGGAGGCUGCCACGAACACGCCACCUGCACCAUGACGGCUCCGGGGAAGAAGAAGUGCAGCUGUAAGGACGGCUACAUCGGAGACGGGGUCACCUGUGAGGUCAAACAGCUGCCGAUCAGCCGCUGCCUCCGAGACAACGGACGAUGUCAUCAAGACGCCACAUGCACCGACCUCCACUUUGAAGAUGCGAAGCUCGGUGUGUUUCACUACCGCUCCGUUAAAGGUCAGUACAAACUGAACUACACUGCAGCUCAGCAGGCCUGCACCGCACAGGGAGGCAGCCUGGCCACGUACACUCAGCUGUCCUACGCUCAGCAGGGCGGGCUGAACAUGUGUGCUGCUGGCUGGAUAGACCAGGCCCGGGUGGCGUACCCUACCACCUAUUCCAGUCCCCAGUGUGGCUUUGGACACGUGGGUAUCGUGGACUACGGCACCCGUAAAAACCUGAGCGAGACCUGGGACACUUUCUGCUUCCGGAUGAAGGAGGUGAAGUGUGAGUGUAAGCCCGGUUAUGUUGGAGACGGUUUCAGCUGUACAGGAAACCUGCUGCAGGUCCUUGAAUCCACACCAGCCUUCUCCAACUUCCUCACACAAAUCCUGAACUUCUCUCAAGUGUCUGUGUCAGGGAAGAACUUUGUGAAUCGUCUCAGUAACCUGACAGUCCAGUCAACGUUGUUUGUGCCGGACAACAGCGGCCUACCUGACAACCAGACACUGUCUCAGCGGGACAUGGAGUUCCACCUGUCGGAGGGUCAGGCUCUUCCCGUCAGCCAGCUGAAGAACGGCAGCAGGAUCCGAACUCGCGUCGGCAGCCUGACCGUCCUCGGAGUCGCUGACCUGCUCGACCCGUCGGCUCUGUCGUCUCGUUACAUCAACAACCGCUUCGUCACUGACUCGGACAUCCUGGCUUCAAACGGGAUCAUACAUGUUCUCCAGGGACCGCUGAAAGCCCCGCCUCCUCGCCAACAGAUGCAUGUGGCACAUAAGGCAGGGGCUGGAGUUGGAGUGGUGCUGCUGAUUGUUCUGGUGGCAGGAAUCAUCUUUGUUGGAUACCACUUCUACUCCCACAACACUAAACCCUUCCAGUUCCACUACUUCAAGGAGGAUGACGGAGAGGAAGAGGCUCCGCCUGCAGGCGGCGGUCGCAGCAUCUGUAACCCGGUUUAUGAAGCAGGUCCAGAACCUGCUGAGUCCAACACAUGUGACGGCUCAGUGAGUCCUGAUGCGGAGGACAAACACGAGGUGGUGACCGGAGGGUCCUACGACCUGCUGCAGGACAGCUGAGAGAGAAACUGCUGGUUUCAUAUCUCGAAGCCUCAGACCGAUCAAAGACAGCAGCCGUCUCUGCUUCGUCUUUCCGAGAACUGAACCAGGAGGGUGAUAGAGGAUCAUCGUCAGUCCUGAACCGCCCGCCCCCACUCAAAGCCGACACCAACGAUGCUUUCAGGUCGACCUCUAAAAUCUGACAUCUCAAGAUCUUCUGUAAAAGCCGACGUGUUUUCAAUCCACCAACGAAGUCUGGAACUACAAACUGACGUUUCAGUGUGGAGACAUGAAAGGACAGACUGGAGACUCAUCCCCCCCCCCCCCCAUUCAAACAAGCAUUUUAGAAGUUUUAACUGUUGUUCUUAAAUGUUGAUUAAAACAACAAACUGCUGAAGAUGUUUCUCGUGUUUUUCUCAUCAAAAGUGAAGAAGAGAAGCUGAAGAGGACGUUUCAUGUUGAAUCAAACUUCAGACGCUGAUAACUGGAGUGUGUUGAGUGGUUGUGUCUGUAGGAUGAGUUAUACGGGCUGUUUUUGGCA